AGGAUGGUAUUUGAAGAUUCCUUAAUAAGAAAUGUCCAACGUUUUGGCCGCCAAACGGGGUGCGCGCUGUUUCACAACAGUGACAGCUUUCAAAUCAAUUGCAAAAAAUCUUAAAAAAAUAUUAUAAAAAGUACUUAUUUAUGUUAAAACAAUUGUUACAAAUUCAGUUACAAAUCUUUAUUUUCAUUUUGAGGUUCUGUAAAUUCAGUUAAAAUAAUAUUAUUCUUCACACAAACGCACUGGUAGGAUAAUAUGCAGAAUCCAGAUUUUGACAAAGUUUCCUUUACUUCAUGAGACGAGGACAAGCUGUCGUCGUUGAUCCUCAGUAAUGAUUAGGAAACCAAUGGAAACAAGAGCCCCAAUAUCUGUAGUUCUUCCCUGACAAUUCCAAACCAAAAUAGUCUUGUUAAUAAAACAUCUCUUUAGCUAGUGAUGUCCAUCGUCCGGUUUUUCAAAUACUUUCUCAAGCGCGCAGGCUACCACGAAAGCACCAACUGCCCAACCAAGUCCCGGGAACAUUCGGCGAAUAUUAGCAUGCUUGUUGAUCGAAGGGUGAUACCUCCAUGCCUCAAAUCUCGCCCAUGGAUCCCUCAUUGCUGUUGCAGAUUUCUUGCUGUUGUCCAUACCUCAGAAGAUGGAGAAUUUUACAGUCAAAGUGAAUCGUUACACUCAACUGAACUUAACAAGCUUCUUCGGUUCUUCUCUGGCCGAGCUUAGCAGCCAGGCAGAAUAGAAUUAUGGGGGAUAUUGUAAGAGGAUGGUAACACAGGGGGCCCACACACUUUAUCCAUGAAGUUAACUCUGGAAAACAUGAUCGUGAAAGUAGAAUGCAAAUAUUAUAUGUCUGGUAAACUGAAUAAAAUAUACAAUAUUUGGUGUGUAUGGGACUAUUUUAAGAGGUCCUAUUACGUUUUCGUGAUGUCCCGAGCGAUGGGCUCCCUGUGUUGGGACGGGAUUUUUUUUUAUUUACAAAUUCUCAGAAUUACACCGUUCUAAACUCUAAACCAUUCUGAGUGACGCUGUGUUCAACAGUUCGAGCGCUGUCUGGAGGUUUUAAGGUCAACAGAUCCUAAAUGGCUUCACCACAAGAUAACACAGUGCUUACAAAUGCUUUGAGAGCAUUCUUUGAAAGAGAGGUCAAGAUCACUUCUGGUGACAAGGGGAUGACAAAGGAAAUGAUAGACAAUCACAUCAAAGGUCAUAUAUUAGAGUACUUCAAGGAUAAUUCACAUAUAUCUGUCAGGAAACUUGACUACACUGGUAGUUUCUAUGAGAAGCUUAAGACUGGGGCAGCUGAUGAGGUAGACAUAAUGGUUAUCUUAGAAAGCAAGGACCUGAAACUUGAAAAAGUUAAUGAUUUCCCUGGAUGGGUCAAACUGAAAGCUACCGAUGGUUCUCCAUUUGAAAAAUAUGCAAAUGAUGACAGGUACAUAAUUCCUGAGAAGAUUCUGAAAAGUUGGAUGUUCUCUUCUGUCCAAAAGGCUGUGAAUAAAUUCUCCAAGGAGAAGCCUGACUUGUUUGGAACUUUGAAAAUAUCCCUUCAUGGCCCUGCUGUUCAACUGGAUAUCAAUGCUGGCUUGUCUGUGGAUCUUGUUUUGACAUUUGAGUUUGACGAUGAACACUAUGUUGCCAAACCGUUCCAGAAUAAUGGCCCUUGUGCUGGUGGUGACCACAAGUUGUUAUUUCGACAGUCUUUCUCAGUGAAAGAGAAAGCGAUUUUGCGACACAUGGAUAGUGGUGAUGGGGGAUGUAGACAUAUUUUACUCAGGAUUGUGAAGACCAUGGUUAGAAACGAGUCAGCAUUAAAAGGGGAGCUUAGCUCUUAUCAUUUGAAGACUGCUUUCCUAAGGCUUAUCAAGACGAAAGAUUCACCAGGUUACUGGCAUCGCGACCUGCUUGGCGACCGCUUUCUGGAGUUCAUUACAAUUCUUCAUAAUGCGCUACGUGACAAAUCCCUUCCCCAUUACUGGAUACCAUCUGUAAAUCUACUCGAAGAUAUCAGUAAUGUUGUGCUGGAAAACAUGGCUGCUAGACUGGAAAAGAUCUUAACGAAAGACAGAGAACUAUUUAAAAUUCUUGGAGCUGAUGUCCCAGAUAUAAGCCAGCUGACCGUCUCAAGCGUGGAGGAAAAGUCAUUGAUUGCUAUGCUUAGGGCGUUCUCGAAGGACAUGGAGGUCAACAUCAGCAAGGAAAAAAAGAAUACAAAAGACAUGUUCAAAAUUCACGUGAUAGAACAGGUUCUUAAAAGAUGUCAGGAGAAGUACCCAAAGCGGAUAAGUAGGUUUGACGUCGCUGGCAAUCUGUAUGAUAACCUUAAAACUGAGGGACCUGACGAAGAAGAUGCAACUGUCCUGUUAAUACUCGCCAAAAAGAAGAUUGUUCACGAGAUUACUCAAUCUGGAUGUGCCCUAUUCCUUGUGAAAGACGCGUCUUCGGAAUACGCGGUAGACUGUAGUGAUGAAGAGGGGUUUCUCCUUCCCGAGAAGAUAAUAAAAUGGUUAUUCAACCUGUUGCAAAAAGAAUCCAAGAGCUACCAACAAAGUCAGGACGUCAUCAAAAUUAACGUGUCACAGCUAAAACAGUACUCUGGGGUGCGGCUAAAAGUCAGGGAUAUCUCAAUUGGAUACACACUUUUGGUCAACGUGGUGCCCACGCUUGUGGCAGAGGAAAAAGUCUUCUCUACAAGUCAUCUUCUCUUGUCAACUUGUUUGUGCCCAGACGACCAGCCCUUGGAGCGACGAUGGAGUCCCUGCUUUGUGCUUGAGGAGAAGAAACAGCUUGCAAACAUGGACACGGACGGAGGAUGCAGGCAUGAACUUUUUAGAGUGGUAAAGACCAUUAUGAAAAAGGAAGCUACAUUUGCAAAACUAGUCGCCUAUCUGAAAAUUAUUUUUCUCAACUUUCUCGAAAAUAGUCAGCAAGAUUCCCUCUGGAGAGCAGAAAACCUCGCCGACCGAUUCCUUGAAUUCCUUGACUAUACCCAAAGUGCCUUGAAAAGCAGACAGCUUAGGCACCAGUGGAUGUCGAUUGGUGGAGAACCCGUGAAUCUUCUAGCUGACACCAAACCGUUAACCCUACAAAACAUGGAGUCCAGGGUUGCCCGAAUUCUGUCCAGCAAGUCAGAAUUGAGGGAGGUUCUUCUUGUUGCUGGGUUACCUGUGGAAGCCCAGUUAUAAAAUGCAACUGUUUUUUUUCGUCGUGAUUUCUAACGUGCAUUAUUUGCAAUACUCUGGAAGCCCACAACACAGGGCCCAAAAAAGUGCAGAUCUUAGGUGUAUCCUAGUCAACCAUGUGCGCAGGGUCUAGUUGUUUGUGUACAAUCGACUUGCGUCGGGCUCUUCGAAUUUUGAGUUAUCUCCGUGGAAAUUCAAAACUCUUUUGACGGAGAAUUGGUUUUAGCAUUUUUGGGAAUCAUUUCCGAAAGUUCUGAGAAUACUCAAAAUCGCAGUAAAACAGUUCACUUAUCCGUUAUGCCCCUCCUAUCUUUCGUGUUUUCGUUAGAACUUCAACCAGGUGAUGUUAUCUAAAAAAUCACACAACAUGAUAUAUCUUUACAAUAAAUAGAUUUAUUUCAUUAUAUUUCCUCAUUCUGUAAUAAAUUUAAAGUGGUUUUA